GCGUAAUAUAUUCGCCCCAGCGCUUCAAAAUCAAGAAAGUUAAACCGACACCAGACGAGGAGAGGGACAGCCUUGUCAACAGCUCGGUUCUACGUUUGUUUUCUCACGUUUUCCGCCGUACUCUCGUACUGAUAUAUAGCUUUAUUAAGGAAAAUAAAGCUUGGGACUUACUACACUUUUGAAUUCGGCGUGUAUGGCCACCAUGUUAACGAUGAGUGCUGGACUAGCUCCUGGGGAAGAGGAGCAGUUUUACUCGCAUCUCAAACCUGCGCUGACUGGUGGUUUCCAAGGAGAGGGGUCCGUGCUGUUCACCGUGGAUACGAAGAACACAAUCUGUGGACGUACCGUAUCGAACGACUACACCCAGGCCAAGUCGGAGAUGGAUAAGUACCUGACGCCCCAGCCCUUCGUCGUUCCCGAAACCAAGAAGGUGCGGAGGGACAGCUCGUCCGUGAUGGACCAGUUCUUCGGCGAAGAGCAGGGCUCCCCCUACAGCAUCAACAUGAACGUCUUCCUGCCGGACAUCACGUACCUGCGGACGGGCCUGUGCCGGCCCCAGCGGCCCCAGGUGAAGACCGAGCCCACCCAGGCCUACCUGCACCCCAGCUGCCAGGGCGGCGGCCUCAACCCCACCCUCCCGGAGUUCACCAGCAUCUUCAGCCCGGCGCCCAGCGCCGCCGACAUCAACAGCAUCUUCAUCAAGCAGGAGAUGCCGUCCCUGGACAUCGGCCAGGAGGGGCCCCUGUACCAGCUGCUCAGCUCCGAGCUGGAGGGGCCGCUCUCCGGGGGCCCGGACACUCCCGGGGGCCUCUCCAUGGGCCCGUUCGGCGAGCUGCGGCACGGCCUGGCGCCCCAGCCGGCCGCGGGGAAGCCCUUCUGCUCCAUGCGCGACGGCGGCGGCGGGGGAGGGGGCGGCGGGGGCUACCCCCAGUUCUCCCACCCGCCCCCCCAGCAGAAGGCCGCCUACCUCCCCCCCUCGCCCCCCAGCUCGGAGCCCGGCAGCCCGGACCGGCAGAAGGAGCUGCUCCAGAACCUGUCGCCUCCGCCGUCUUACGCAGCGAGCAUCGCCUCCAAGAUGGGCGUGGCGCACCCCCCCAGCCUUCCUGCGGCCCUGCCCGUGCCCCAGCCCCCCUCCAUGCCCAUGCGCUACAACCGCCGCACCAACCCCGACCUGGAGAAGAGGCGGAUACACCACUGUGACUUCCCAGGAUGCAAGAAAGUGUACACGAAGUCGUCGCAUUUGAAAGCGCACUUAAGGACUCACACGGGGGAGAAGCCGUACAAGUGCACGUGGGAAGGGUGCGACUGGCGUUUCGCGCGCUCGGACGAGCUGACCCGGCACUUCCGCAAACACACGGGCGCCAAGCCCUUCCAGUGCGCCGUCUGCAGCCGCAGCUUCUCCCGCUCCGACCACCUGGCGCUGCACAUGAAGAGGCACCAGAACUAGCCCCCAAACAAACCCCCCGCCCCUGCCCCGCCCAAAACCCAGCACUCUGGCCACUACACAUGUCGAGUUUGUUUUUGUUUUUUUUUGUUUUUUAUGAUGUAUAAUCAAUCAUCUGUGGGGAACUGGAACUUUUUAUAUUUAUAAUGAUUUAGUGCAUAAACCGUGCAAUUUUUUAGUUUUUUGCCGUUUUGGAAAUUGGAAAUGUAUUUAAAGCCAUCCAUUCACACUCCUUGGCUUUUUUUUUUUAUCAGUUGCCAUCUCAGUCUUAUUUUUCCAAGUGUAUAGCUGAAUAGUUUGGAUGCAAAAGUGUGAAGUCUUCUUGAUAGGAGAAUAUAUUUAGGUAUUCAAUUGUAAAUUAUUUUUUUGAUUUUUGACCAAAGCACCAGUUCAUUACAACGAGAGUGUUUCUGUAACACUGAGAGAUGGCUAAAGGAAUAAUGGCUCCUGUUGGCUUUAAGGCAUCAAACCAAAGAACAAAGCACGGAAUUUACUUGAACAUUUUAUUUUCCUCGUCAGUUUCACACAUUCGGCUUUGAGAAUAACGACGCGUGUGAACAUUUAAAGAAAUCGCGUACGUACAACGUCAAACGCUGAUGGUUGUGUUUUGGGACUGAAGCACACGCCUGUGUUUACUAACGUCUCGUAGCUUCUAAAACACUACACAAUUCAGGCUUCAACAAAUACUGUACACGUGUAAACCAAGUACGAUUUCCAACACUGCUUCCAGAUUUGCUCGUAAGCCAUUUACGGCCGUAUAUAACCCUUAUUGGAGUAACAUUGGGGCUAAUCUUGUCCCUUAAACUUGGUGCAGCCAUGAGCACUUUCAGAAUGAGUGUGGCCAUUUGCCCAAACAUUUUACCAGAUGAAAACGGUUUUGUGUUCUUACUGUACUUUUGACACCAUUUUCCUUUAUCCAAGUAAAAUGGAAAAUGUAACUGUCCAUUUUAGAGCACUGGAAUAAUCGCUAUAGGAACUGGGUUUGAGAUUUCCUCCACGGAAAAAAACAAAAACGGAACGCUUUUAUUUCAAACUGGAUGUAAAAUGUUGAAGUAUUUAUAACCUCAAGAGGGGAAAAAACAUCUCUUGCUACUGAACUUUAGUAAGGUAAUGAAUUAUUUAAAACCGUAUAGGGAUACAAAAAAGGGAUUGUAGAUGAGUGGGAUCAUACGAGUUUAAACGGAUGUAUUAUUUGUACAGACCUCUUUUUACACAUAUGCAUGCGACUGUUUAUUUUCAGAUUUAUGAAGCCAGCUGAAUGUAUAAAGGCGUAUUUGCAUUGUCUGUAAUAUGCAUUGUGAACACACAUUUCAUCCUAAGUGCCUUCUGAGGUUUUCUGAAAUGCAACUAAACUGCUAAAAGGUACUUUGGAAGACAGAGAUUGGAGAAGUUUCUCGUGGGGUUUACUUGUGGUAUGCUAUUAAACGGGACUGAACUGUUGCCUAUUCUUAGCUCUUUAAAACAGUUCGGUUCUUGACCGUAAAGUCUUUUUUGUUUUGUUUAUUUAUUGUGUCACUUAGUGAAACUAAAUCAUACGAGUAAGGUUGAUCAUUUUUGUGUAACUAAAAUGCCUUAAUGUAAAUACUUGGCAUCCAAAUGUAAAUAUUGUUUUUCAGAAGUGUUGGUUGCUCUCUUCCAAUCAUUUAAACAAACGGGCACAGCUGCCCUGCUUCUCAUUGUGUGACGUUUACGGUUUUAAAUUUCUCUGUUUUUAUAUCAUUGUUUUUGAAAAUGUUUGUGUAAACCGUACGAUGAGGUCCGCUCAAAUGGCUGUCCAAAACAUCCAUCGCUGUUAACAACUGAAUAAUAAAAAAAUAAAA